AUGAUCUUGGCCCGCAAGAGAUACAUCAUCUCUUCGGCCAUCAUUGGAUUCCUGGUGUUGAUCUACUUGAUCCGCAGGCUGCAAGAUAUCAAACUUGUACCCAAGGAGUACCAUCUCCUCAGCGAUCAAGAUGCGCAAGAUGCGCAACUGCUAUACGACCCAACACAUUUCUCCGCCGGAGUGGCCAAACCAGCCGGGGAGAACUACACGCGCGUACUGGUCAUGGGCCGACUACACAGCGAAGACGUGAGCUGGGUCUCUCGAGAACUACCUGGCCUACCAACACAGAUCUACACUGUCGAUUCGGAUGCGGUGGGAACCGACAACACCACAAUCAACAACGAUGAUCCAGAAUCCUCCGACCCAUCAUCCCGCCUCCCAGCAAACAAAGGCCACGAAGCCAUGGUCUACCUAACCUACAUAAUCGACCACUACACCUCCCUCCCGGACGUGGUAUUGUUCCUCCACCCACACCGCCGCGCAUGGCACAACAACGUCCUGUUAGACAUCGACGCCGCCACCACCAUCAAACUUCUCUCUGACGCCCACGUCAUCCGACAAGGCUACUUCAACACACGCUGCCACCUCGACCCCGGCUGUCCAAACUGGCUACACGUCGACCAACCGCGGCGUCUAUGGGAUUUAGUCCAUAAACCUGAGGAACCGGCCCUAACGUCAUCCGUCUUCCAUGACCUUUUUGGAGACGACGUCCCCGUUCCGAAGACGGGCAUUUCGCAGCCCUGUUGUGCCCAGUUCGCCGUCUCGGGCCAAAGAAUCCGUCAACGUCCAUUGGCAGAUUACAUUCGGUACCGGGACUGGUUGUUGAAGACAGAACUAAAUGAUACCACGUCGGGGAGAAUCAUGGAGUAUUCGUGGCAGUAUAUCUUUACGGGCAAAUUUGAGUUUUGUCCGUCUGUACAUAAAUGUUAUUGUGAUGGGUAUGGUAUUUGUUUCGAGGGCGGCGAUAAAGGGUUGCAAAAAUGGUUGGAUCUCAGGAAACAGAAGGAACUGGUUGAUGAGAAAUUGGCUGGGUCGUCGACGAGUACAAAUGCUAAUGCUGCCGAAGAUUCCAAGAGACUAUCGAGGGAUAGUAAACAUCUUGGGGAAAUGUUGGAUGAUAUGCGUGAACAGGCGCUGCGGAGGGGAUGGGAUCCAAAGACUCGUGCGGAGGAUUGUGGUCGAGAGUGGCGGCCUGGUGAUGGAUAUUGA